CCCUCCAGUCAGCCUGCUCCUUUCCCCUCCUCUGUCCACUAAUGUCCCAUCCCGAGUCCAUCAUUUCCCUUUUAUAACCCCCUCCUUCCCCCGGCCACUUCCAUCGAUAUACCUCCCUCUGGCUUUACACUUCACUCCUCCAUAUCUGACACUCGAUUGGCUCUUUUUUGUCUCCAGCUUGUAACUUACUCCACCCAUCUGCCAAUUAAACCCCUUCAUCUGUGUCAUCUAUCAUUUGCUAAGCUUUGUCCCACUCCCACCUCUCUCUUCCAGCAUUCCUUCCCCUACUACAAUCGGUCUGAAGAAGGGUCCUGACCCAAAACAUCAUCAGUCCGUUCCCUCCACAGAUGCGUCCAGAACUGCCGGGUUCCUCCAGUGUAAUAAAUGCAGGUUAUUAUUUUAAUAUAUAUGUCUAUGUUAAAUGAAUAUUGUGUAUUAACUUUGUUGCUUUUCCAUGAAGCUGGAGAUUGUGCUGAUAACUAGAUGUUAUACUGUUGUGGAUCACCCAGUACUGAAGAAAUUGAUUAAUUUAAAAUGGAAAAAAUACGGACUUAAAGCAAACCUAUUGCUGAUUGCAAUGGAUUUCAUUUUCAUCUUUACUUGGGCUACUUUAAUGAUGCUGCACAAGUGGGUGCCAAAUGAUUACUUUUUUCAGGACAAGUGGGUUAUAGCACUGAGUUUCUUCUGUACUGUGGAAAUGCUGUUUAUAAUAUUUGUGGAGAUCCGUGAAUUCUUAACCUUGAGGAAUGCAAUGCGAAAGUGGAAAAAAUGGAGGAAAGAUCAGGUGUCACAAGAACAAAUUCAUUGCCAUUCUCGUUGGCCUCAGGAAGAAAUCAAUUUAAAGAAACAGAUUACUACACUUGACUUGAUGAAAGAUUAUUACUUCCUGGAUUGGUGGCAUGUACAUGACUGCAUUAUCCUGACCUUUUUAUUAGUGGUGAUUUGCACCUUCUUGGUUGAACUUGGUAUGACAGGAAAUCUGAAGAUUGCACGUCACCGCCUUAUUGCAUUGUCAUUGAUUCCUUUAUGGCUGAAGCAUAUGAAGCAUCUUCGUGCUUUCAGUUUUAUAGGACCCAUAGUUAUCACAGUGGUCAGGAUGAUGUUUCAUAUUGCAAAGUUCUUAUUCUUGUACUUCGAAGUUUAUUUUGCCUUUAUCUACUCUAUUUGGUUAAUGUUUGGAGGAACUUUAAAACUGAAAACAUUGGAUGCAAUGUUAUUUUUCAUUUUUCGGAUUAGUGUUCGUGAUCAAUGGCUGGUGACACAAAAUGAUGAAGAUCUUAUUUUAAUAUAUAUUAUCACUGUGACUUACAUUGGCAUUAUGACAUUCCUGUGCUUCAUUUGUUUUACUGCAUUGAUGAUAGAUGCAUAUAUGAGGUAAGGAAACUUUAUCACCAUCUUUCCCAAAAGUCUAAAAUUAAAUUAUCAUUCUCUAUCAUCCAAGUAUCUUUCACACUCUGAAAGCAAAGGCAAGUUGAUUUACUCUGGUGAAACCAUGUAUUUUACAGCAAAUUGUCAAGGUAUUGUAGAUAUUACAUGUGACUACGUGCUUCACCUUUCUUCUCACCUUUCUUCUGGUUUGUUUGGCUUGGCUAAAAAAAUAAGCUACUGUACAUUGUCAGUUACUUACAUCACAAUGCCUGCUGUUGAAUUGAGACAACGGAGAGUAGAGUAAAGGCGAGGGAAACAAAGCGACAGAUUACCCACUCCUUUUAUAAUGUAGUGAUGGAAGGUUUAAGAUGUAUAAUUUGGCAAACUAGCAGUUUGACCAAUUAAUUAGAUGGAAAUUAGCUCAAAUUCCUUCUGUAGCACUUGGACAUGGCAAUUCCAGAAUCAUGGAAAAUUUUCAACACAGACGAGACCAUUUAUAUUAUUGUGUCUCAUUGGGAGAUUGUUCAAAUAAAGAGCUCCCAGACAUAAUUCCAUCUGCCACCAUUUGAUCCUUAGCCGGUAUUUCACAUCCCUUCAGAUAUACUUCCAAUCACAUUUUACAAAUAGUUAAGGUUUUUGCUUCUAUCACACUUCAGGCACUGAAUUAAAGACACAGAGCACCCCUGAUUUAAAAAAAAAAAUCAUCAUAUUACUAUCUAAUCCCUCUAACGAUUACAUUAAAUCUUUGCUCUUUGUUUCUGACCCAUCAAGGAAAUGGGUCCUUCCUAUAUAAUCAUUCGCAGCCCCUCAUAAUUUUAUUUAUCUCAA